CUCAGCUCUCUUGCGACUCUCGGCUCUGCUGGCACCACCUACAUACCGACGUUUCUAGGCGCGCAUCCCGCAUGAAACCACAAACGCAGGACUCACCGGCGAUCGCGUCUUCACCGGCGUUGUUUCCAAGUUUGGAGUUCUGGCGCACGGGAGCCCGGUCAAUCCUGGCAUAUCGACCGUCCGAGGCAACCCUUCGUUCGCGGCGCAAUACGGAUCUCAAGUCAACUCUGGGCAAGCCCCGCGACUUUGUCUUUUCCCGCCUGCAGCCCUUCCUCUGCCUUAGGUCACGCUUCCAUGAGGCAGAUCCAAACACAACGCCCGCGGCAUAUAGUGCAUCGCGCAGGAAUUCCGCUGCUCGCAUCGCACGUCAACCGAGCUUGCGAUAGAGUUGCUGCAUCCCGUCAUAGUCCACGCUCUGCAAGACAGCGCAACGCGCCGUUUCGGCCCGCGGAUGCUCUCGGUUCGUCCACAGAGCUCACGGUCAUGGCUGUGUGAAUAUAUACAUGCAAGAUCUCGCUAGACACACCUUUUUUUUGCUGGCCAAGAGAGUUGCAUGCGAGGACUAACAGCCUCGAUGCAGGCGGGCGAUACGAGCUCGAUCGUGAACGACAUGCUUUGGUUGAAUCAGUUCGACGUGAGAGGCUCGCCUGACGCGCAUGCGCCGCUCUUAGGGUCCAUGACCGGCAAAGACGAUUCGCAAGGCGUACAGGUGUCCGUCACCCGUCAUCUGGCCCAUCCGCCAGCGUCCGCGUCGCGAUGUCGGGCGUCCACGCUGACAUAGUCAACCGGAGGCCCCGCGCGCCUGAUCUUCGGCGACGCAAGAUCGCGUUUCAACGCGAUACGGAGCACAUAUGCGCGUGGGGUAGUCGGUUCAGCUGAGACGGUGGAUUCUUUACCCGCGAGUCAUCUUUUAUACAGUGGAUGUCGCAGCUGUGUAACUCCAUGCGGCAAUUCGAUGGUCGCAAUGAAACGCGGCAUAGCAUUUC